UACACUGUUUACAGCUAGCCCAGUAAAAAAUUCAAAUACAAUCUUGUAAGAAAAUCCCCUGAAUCUGACCCCAAAUUAAUUAUAUUAUCAACUUACUACGUUUUUGAACACUCAAAAUGACAUUCAAUGACAAUGUUACAAAACAAUUUGCUGUCAACUGGAAUAACCAUAUGAAUCAUGUUAGAAAGGCAUUUGAUCAGCUUCUCAAAAACAGUGAAUUCACUGAUGUAACUUUAUAUGCUGAUGGAAAGAAAAUUGGAGCACAUAAAAUGCUACUUUCAGCUUGUAGCAUUUAUUUCAGAAAUUUAUUUUUAGAAUUUCCACAAGAACACCCUUUGGUUGUUUUGAAAGGAGUGAAAUUUUCAGUAUUGGUAGAUAUACUCAAAUUCAUUUAUAGCGGCGAAGUAAGUGUGGACAGUGACGUGUUUGAGAUUUUCUUACAAACGGCAGAGUUUCUACAAAUAAGUGGUUUAACAAACUCUGGAAAGAAUGGAGAACCUGGAAAAAUUGAGAAAUCUCUAACCAGGGAUUUCUAUCCUUGUGAUACUAAUCUAAAAACUAAGAAAGCUAAACAAAACAGUUUCGAGGACCACUAUGGUCUUCAUAAGGAAGAACCAACUGAGUGCUUUGGUGAUACUGAAUAUGUUGAUGAGGAACCUAAAAUAUUAUCCUCGAUCUUUGCUGGCGAAAUAUCUGAUCAGGAAAAAUCACAGUUUCCAUCUGAAAUAUUGUUACAAACAGCCUCUGAGAAUAAUUACCAAACUAUAGCCAAAGUUGAUGAGGAAACAACCCGAGACCAUUAUUUUGUUUCUGCUGGGAGUGUCAGUACAACACACAAAACUGACAACUUGACAUGUCCCAUAUGCCAUAAAGUGUUCACACAUCCUUACAGUCUUCACCAUCAUAAACCUGUUCAUUUGGGUCGAACCAAGUGUACAAUUUGUAACGUCGUGCUUUCCAGAAAGUAUAAUUUGAAGAUGCAUAUGAAAUCGAGGCAUAAUAUAGUAUAAGAGUAUUUUCCUGACUGUAUUUUCUAAGUAAUGAUAUUUGUUUAUUGUGAUUUUUUGUGAUAUAUUGUGUUAGUCUCACUUGGUAAAUGUUUCAAUUGUUAUUAGAUAAAUGUGCCCUCUAUUUAAAAGUUUAUUACGCUUUCGUUGAUCUCUUUGAACUAUUUUUGUCUGUGAUGGUAUUUUAUUAAAAAAUUCUGAAUUUUUUUGUA